AUGAAAAAGGAGGAUGAACAAUCGGAAAAUAUAUUCAAGGAGCUCGACACCCCAAUCACCACGGAACAUCUUGAUAUGGCAAUCUCUCUAGCCAAUAACAAUUCCGCCCCAGGAUUAGAUAGAAUCAGCAACAAUAUGCUUGAUUACCUUCCGUCUGAAUACAGAGAGCUACUAGUCGAUCUUUUCAACAGUUUUCUUCAAGAGGGAGUCAUCCCCACCGAAUGGAGAUCUUCUUUAGUAAUUUUCAUACCCAAAGCCGGUAAUUCUGGAAUGAGGCCUAUCUCUCUCUUAUCGUGCAUACUUAAGUUAUUCGAAAGAAUUAUAUACUGGAGAUUGGUGUGGCUGAUUGAGUCACAAUCAAUUCUUCCCAAUGAGCAAAUGGGCUUUCGUCCCAACAGGUCAUGCAAUGAUAGCAUGGUUACGUUCACGAAUCAGAUUCUUACGGCAAUAGCAAAUGGCGAAUUUUUUGUUGCAGUCUUUCUGGACAUUACAGGCGCUUUCGACAACAUUCUGCCCUCAGCUGUGCUUGACGAACUGAAAGAUGCUGGCGUUCCGGCUACCAUUAGAAAAUUUAUAGAAAAUCUAAUCGUCGAGAGAUCGGUGCAGUUCUUGGAACAAGGUAAUUUGGGCGAAAAACGGACAUCGUACAAAGGUACCCCGCAGGGCUCAGUGCUGAGCCCCUUGCUUUUCAAUAUCGCCCUCUGCAAGAUUGGAUCCUGUAUGUCCAGAAAUGUACAAUUUCUACAGUAUGCAGACGACAUCGUGAUAUUCACUUCUCAUCGCAACCCCGAGACGGCAGUUGACAGGAUACAGACAACCUUAAAUCAAGUUACGAACUACGUUGGGACCAAAGGCUUAUCCCUCUCCCCCUCCAAGUCAAGCUGGAUGAUUUUUGCGACCUCCAAGGCGCUGCCUGCCCCAGGCUGCUCUCUCUCUAUAGACAACUUCCCCAUUCCCAGAGUGGAAAAGGUCAAAUUCUUGGGAGUUAUACUGGAUCGCAAAUUAAAGGGAAACCUGCACUUGGAAUAUCUUGUGAAGAAAGGAAAGGCUCUAGUCAACAUCAUCUCUACUCUCACGGCUGUAUGGUGGGGCUCUCAUCCCCACUGUUUACUUACCAUAUAUCGAUCAGUUUUUAGGGGAGCUAUAGAAUAUGCAUGUUCAAUUUUCACAUGGAAGGGUAAUGCAGGAGUUUUCCGCCAACUCGAAAGGUUACAAUACAAGGCCAUCAGGUUGUCCAUGGGAUAUCGCUUGUCUACUCCUAUAAAUGUCAUGCUGUGCGAGGCGAAAGAAUACCCCUUAAGACUGAGAUUUAAUCUCCUCAGUGAGAGAUUUGUCAUUAAAUGCAUGUCUAAGAGGAAUCACCCAGUUAUAAACAGUAUCGAAUCUUUGGAAUGCAGUCUUAACACCCGUGCGCAAAAGGCUCAGGCGCUGGCAAAGUCUCCCUCGCUGAGAUGUUAUAUUACCAACAAACAUGAUAUCUCACAUCUGAGAAGUUCAUACUUUAUUCCUGCUUUCGAGAGUAGUCUGAAUGCUUUCAUUUUACGUAAACACUUUGAAUCUUUUAUCUCAUGUUCUAAAGAAUCCAACGAUAAUGAAAUUAUUCAGUCUUUCAACGACAGGCUGCAAGAAUUAGACCCAUCCGGUCUCACCGUUUACACAGACGGAUCAAGGAUAACGGAAGAUGGAUGUGCGGGCGCGGCCUUCUUCUCGCCGGAACUUGGACAUUGCUUCAAAUACAAGCUGACUUGCAGCGCCUCAGUGUUUACUGCGGAAGCUUGGGCAAUAUAUCAAGCCCUUAUUUUGACGUUAGAUGCGGGUUAUUCUAAGAUUUACAUUUUUUCAGACUCCCGCAGCGUACUACAAGCCAUCUCGUCUCACAGAUUGAUUAACGGUAAUUAUAUUAUCCACAAAAUAAAGCAAACUCUGCUUCAAUUGGAACACAAUAACAUCGACUGUUCCCUCUUUUGGAUUCCUUCGCAUAAGGGCAUCUUAGGCAAUGAGCUGGCUGAUAAGGCAGCCAAAGAGGCGUGUGUUGACGGAGCUAGAGGUUUUUUCCGUACCCCCUACUCAGAUCUUCAGGUUCAGGCAGUAGCUAAGGCCCGUGUUCGUUUCACGGAUUAUUUGAACGACAAGGCUAUUCACACCGGAGCUCACUACCACUCGUUAUAUUUCUCGUCUACGACUGUUAAACCUUGGUAUUUCAAAAAGAAACUCACCAGGAGCGAAAUAGUAUUGAUUAACAGAUUAAGGUCAAAUCAUUACAACCUCAACUAUAGCUUGUUUAGGAAAAAUAUGGUGCCGUCUCCGGCUUGUGAAUGUGGAGAUCCUAGACAAGACCUUAACCAUACAGUAUUCUUUUGCCCCUUUACAAGACGCAGAGCUAGACCACUAGUCCUUUACCUUAAUAAAACAUUCCCUUCUCAUUCAUAUGAUAUUUUCACUUUGCUUGUCAACCCUAGUCACAAAUUUUGCAGACUUCUACUCGCUUUUGCUAAGUCUUUUGAUUUACCUAUUUAA